UUUCUUCGGGGAAGGAUGGCGCACGCUGGGAGAACAGGGUAUGAUAACCGGGAGAUAGUGAUGAAGUACAUCCACUAUAAGCUGUCGCAGAGGGGCUACGAGUGGGAUGCCGGAGAGGAGAGCGCCGCGCCCCCCGGGGCCGCGCCCACGCCGGGCAUCUUCUCCUUCCAGCCCGGGCGCAACUCCCCGGCCGCUGCGCCCCGGGACCCGGCCGCCAGGACCUCGCCGCCGCCGCCGCUGGCCGGCCUCGCCGCCGCCGCGGGACCUGCGCUCAGCCCGGUGCCACCUGUGGUCCACCUGACCCUCCGCCAGGCCGGCGACGACUUCUCCCGUCGCUACCGCCGCGACUUCGCCGAGAUGUCCAGCCAGCUGCACCUGACGCCCUUCACCGCGAGGGGACGCUUUGCCACGGUGGUGGAGGAGCUCUUCAGGGAUGGGGUGAACUGGGGGAGGAUUGUGGCCUUCUUUGAGUUCGGUGGGGUCAUGUGUGUGGAGAGCGUCAACCGGGAGAUGUCGCCCCUGGUGGACAACAUCGCCCUCUGGAUGACAGAGUACCUGAACCGGCACCUGCACACCUGGAUCCAAGAUAACGGAGGCUGGGACGCCUUUGUGGAGCUGUAUGGACCCAGUGUACGGCCUCUGUUUGACUUCUCCUGGCUGUCUCUGAAGACUCUGCUCAGCCUGGCCCUGGUGGGAGCCUGCAUCACGCUGGGUGCCUACCUGGGACACAAGUGAAGUUCACAGGCCUGCCCCAAACAAAUAUGCAAGAGGUUCACUAAAGCAGUAGAAAUAAUAUGCAUUGUUAGUGAUAUACCAUAAAACAAACACACACACCCACACAAUAACAGCUUUCAGGCAAAAUGUCGAAUCAGCUAUUUACUGCCAAAGGGAAAUAUCAUUUAUUUUUUACAUUAUUAAGAAAAAAGAUUUAUUUAUUUAAGACAGCCUCAUUGGAACUCAUCUUUGGAAACCCCACCACUGAUUGCCAAGCCCCACUUCAUGCGGUCGUGCCUGUGAACAGGGAUCUGAUUUCCACGUUGGCUGGACUAACUCACCAUCUGAAGAGAAACAAGCAGACAGGAAUCUGACUGAUGGGGAAGCUGUGUUCUGGCUCCGAGGGUGGGGAGAAGGGGUUCCUUUAACUUGCAUUCUUUGGCCCUGGGGGCUGUGAUGUACAGAGGGAGGGUACAGAGGGAAGCCCGGUCUUCCCUGGCCUCAAGCGUGGAUAUUUUACAUCCGGCUCACACGGUACAUUCCCAGUUAGAGGAUAAAAACUGGAAACUUCAGAUGGACAUAGUAUCCACUGAGACUUCCCCACCCAAGGACAGCAAUGGGAAAAAUGCCCUUAAACCAUAGGAAAGUAUUUUUUUAAGCUACCAAUUGUGCCGAGAAGCAUUUUAGCAGUUUAUACUUAUCAUCCAGUACCUUAAGCCCUGAUUGUGUAUAUUCAUAUAUUUUGGAUACGCACCCACAUACCCCUACCCUCCAAUACUGACUCUGUCUGAGUAGCAAACAGAAUCCCCUGGAUUCAAGAAGUAGACAUUUCAGUGACUUCCACAGCGUCAAGAAAACUGGAGUCACCUGGAGCAUCAGGCGGCCAUAAGUGCCUGCUUUUAGGAGACCGAUGUCUGCAGAACCUACCCUGUGUCCCAGCUCUGAGGCCUGGACCUGGCACUGAGCCUGCGCACAUGCUCGGCCUCCUCGGAGAGUUUUAAACAGGGCACUGGGGUCUCUGAAUGUUUGGAAGCUGACAGAGCUCAGAAUUCCGCUGUCAAGAGAGCAAUAGUGGGACUUGGCCUGGGCCUGUUACCUCAGCUGCCCAGCUAGGCCUGUUUUCACAUAGAGCGUGGAACUUGGAACCUGGAACCUGGGAGCCACAGCUCUUCUUAGGACAUGUAUCACUGUGGAGGGAAGGAAACAGGCCCUGUGCCUUUCCUGGCAGAGGGACAUGGAGAAGGCUUGGAAGCUGCCCGCCAGAGUGUGAGGAAAGGAGAAAGCCGCAGCUUUUGUGGCCACUGCAGACGUGCGUUGGCAGCCCUCAUCCUGUCUGUAGUUUAAAGCAAGGCUUUAAAUGACUUUGGGAGGGUCAUAAACCCGAAGGAAGCAUUGAAUGAGGUGUCAUGGAUUAACUGACCUGUGUCUGUGGAAUUACAUGUAAAACAUUAUCUUGUCAUUGUAGUUUGGUUUUAUUUGAAAACCUAAUAGAGGGAAGAAAGAAAAAGUUCCAGGUGUGGAAUGUGGAGAUUAUCUGUACAUCCUGGGGCAUUAAAAAAAAAUCCAUGGUAGAAAAGUAGUAAAAGAAGUAAUAUCUCUGGCUAAUAAACUAGAAAAUAUGCUUUUUCAAGUUUAGAAUCAGCCUGGAGACAUUUGUGGAAUAAUUUUGUGGCAUUAUCACUUAUAUACCAUUUAUCUGUAUUAACUUUAGAAUGUACUAUGUUCAAUGUUUAAUGCUGUGGUUACUAUUUCGAAAGCUGCUUUUGAAAAAUACAUGCAUCUCAGCAUUUUAAAAAAAUGUAUUUAGUUAUACAGCAUCUACACAUUUGUUAGCAGAAGUAAUAAUUUUCCAUUUGAGAUUUUUGUCUCUUGAUUCUGCAGAAGCCUUUCUGAAAAAGGUGGGGUAAGCCUGAAUCUCAGCCACCUGAGAAACCCUGGAUUUCGCUAGCCAUUGAGAAGCUCUGUUUUAACCUAGUGCAUUUCUUGUCAACAGGAUUGUUUAUUGUGACGGAUAGGUCUAGUCCCUUGACCUUGUUUCAUGAGGGUUUACUUGUCUCUGGGCAAAUCAGCAUUUAACUCAAGUUAUCUAAAAUUACGUGCACGUUUGGUUAAACCCAGUUUACUCACUUGAAAAUUCAUAAGGGGGAUGAGCAAAUGAUUAAAACCUGGCUGUGAUGGUUUGACCUUUAAAGAGUUGCUUUGCGUGACCUGUUUCAACCUUGACCAUCCAGAGCCCUGCUGCCCUCCUUCCCUGGGCCCUUCUCCGUGGCUGUCCUUCAGGCCCUUCCUGAAAUUUCGUAGCACUUACACUUCACCAAGAAAGCGGGAAACCUGUGGUGUGGAGCCGGACCUCCCUGGUGGGCCUCAGGGAACAGGAUGAUCAGACUUUUGAAUGAUUCUAGUUUUAAAGCAAAAUAUUAUUUUAUGAAAGGUUUACAUUCUCAAAGUGAUGAAUAUGGAAUAUCAAAUCCUGUGCUGCUAUCCUGCCAAGAUCAUCUUAAUGGAGUCAGUUUGCAGUACGCUCCCAAGUGACAAGAUCCUCCAAGCUGCUUUAGAAGUAAAAAUGAAGAACAUGGACGUUUUUAAUAUAAAGCCUGUUUGUCUUUUGUUAUUAUUGUUAUUGUUCAGACCUGGAUUUGCAGAGUAUUUGAGAAAUGUAUAUAUAUAUUAAAAAAAAAGUCAUGGGCCCUAACUUCUGGCUGGUGUCCUUUGGCUUUGGAGUUCUGUUAUCUGGAGUUUUGUUUAACGGUGAACGUGCCGGCCACCUGACCCCAGGACUGUACAGUAUCGUGGCUGCACUCACUCUAAGAGUAUUUGAUAGUGCAUUUCUCUUGUUAAAAACAUGUUAGAAGCUAUGAAUAUAGCUAUGAAUAUAGCCUCAAGUAGUCAUUUUUUCUCCUUUUUUUAUUGUCUCACUUAUUUUGCAAUCAGACCACAAAGAACCAUCAUAGCACAUUUCAUGUUGAGAGGGCUUCAUACCUGAAUCUUAGCUCCUCUGAAGACUAAGAAGACGUCCACUCUAUUGGCUAAGGACGGAGCAAAACGGAACACAUGCACUUCCCAAAUUGGGGUUAGGAGCCCACAAGAAGAGCCCCUGGGCCUCCACAUGCUCCUGAAGUCUCACUCACAGGCACUCUGACAGAGACAGCAGAACAGUUCUGACAGUUUGCACAAACAAUUCACCCCAGAAGAUUUUGCAGGAGCUGAAAAUUUUUGUAAGUUUAAAGUUGGGAUUAAAGUAUCAUUUUAAAAUUAAGGAAACACCUUUAUGUAGUUGUAACACAAAACCUCAACAUCCUCUGCCCUGGUCACUUGUCUCUGCUUGUUCAGGUACACCCUUCCUCUACACAGGACUUUUAUUUUACUAGUAAAUGCUUACUGCUUACUAUCUAAAGACCCACUGGGAAAAAUUAGGAAGUGCUUCCAAAGCAAGAAGUAUUAUAAUAAUCAAGAUUAAACACAAAUAAUUCAAGCAAUCCCAACACAUGUCUAACUUUCACAUCAAAGAUCUAUUAAAUGAACAAAAUUGCAAACAGUCUAUAUUUCAACCUAUGUUAAAACAGUUUAUAAAUGGGAACUUCAAUUCCAAUUGUACUUCGAAGGCAGUGCCUGUUUUUAUACUUUCUUAUCACUUGUAGUUAGUAAUAUACACCUACUCUAUCAGGGAAAAACAGGAAGGGCUUGAAAUAUAAGCCAGCUUAAGGAAAUUAAAGAGUCAGUUGAAAUUCUAUUCUGAUCUUAUUCUGUGGUGUCUACUGCUACCCAAACAAAUGUGGUCACACACUUUUUAAGAAAUACAAUUCUACAUUGUCAAGCUUAUGGAGGUUCCAAUCAGAUUGGUAUUGUUGUUCAAUUAGGAUCUUUUGGGAAUUUAAAAAAAAAUUAUCAUUAUUAUGAGACAAAAGACAUUUGUUUCAAGGGGAGAAGGGAGGAAGAAUUUUUAAAUGAGUAAAACAUUUCCAAGAUUGAACAAGGGAGUGGAAGUUUUCAGAACAGCCAGAACUACAGGGUAUGAAAGCCUCUUAUUAGGGUCAGGGCGAUGCCUUCAUGCAGGCCCCUGGGCAACAAAUGAGAAACACUUAAAUUCUGCGGUGCAUUUGGAUUCCGGAGGCAUUGGCACAGUCCGAAAUCUAACUCAGUUUCCCAAUGCAAUGGUGUAAAUUUCAAGUUGGAGUUGUCUAAUGGGUAUUUAAACAAUAAAUUUGUAGUUUUAACAAACAAGAUAUUUGAUAACAACCUUCUGGUUGGUAGGGACAUCUGUUUCUAAAUGUUUAUUGUGCACAAUACAGAAAAAUUUAAAAAUAAAACAAUGUGAAACUGAAUUGGGUAAAUGAUAAGUCCCUUAGCCUUACCCAGUGAAUCAUUCUAUUCCAUGUGUUUGGACAACCAUGAAAUAAUGCAUCUUCCUGGGUACAAAGAAAACUAGGGGGAGUAUAAACGAUACCAUACCAAUUCAUCAUGACUAACCAGAAAAAAUAACUAAAAGCCAUCAUUCUACGGAUGACAAGGUUGUUCUGUUUACAGAGAUCAGCACCGAAGAGAAAAAUGCUCGUGGAAAAUGAAAAGCUAGCUUAUCAGAAGUCCUGGAACUGUUAACUUCUAUGACUGUAGCAUAGACAUGCAGUAAUGCCACAUACCUCACCAUUUGGAAAUCAACAGCAGGCCCUCUACCUAGCUUAUUUCAUUAAGUUUUUCUUACAAGGUAGCAUUUGAAGGAUUGAUGGCUCAUUGAAUUUCUUUUGGGAAAACUUUCUUUUGGUGGGUUAUGUUUAUUAUAAUAUAUUCUUAAGUUUUCAACCAAGUUUUGCUUUUGUUUUUUGCUGGGGUUAUUUUUGUUUUAAAUAAAAUAAAUGAACAUUAAGUGUUUUUGUAUUGAAACCUUUUGUUAUCAAGAUUUUCAUAUUACCAAGAUUUUAUCUUCCAUGGGCUGCUUUUAAGAUUGAUACUUUUUGGGGGUGGCUGGUAUCUACAAAACUGUACAUACAAAAAAUAUAUAUAUAUAUGAUAAAUAUACUUUACAUAGUUAAGGUAAAGUAAGUCUCCAGUUGGCUACCAUUAAUUAUAAUGGCACUUUGUUUGUGUGUUGGAAAAUGUCACAUGCCAUUACAUUUGUCUGUCCAGCUAAUUUUGUGAAGAAAAAUAAAGUACAGUGUGAGAUAUUG